UUUUUUUCUUUUUUCUUUUCCUUCCUUUCGUUCUUUUCUUUUCUUUUUCGUGUGCUUUUUGUUCGUUGUUUGAUUUGCUGCUCAAAAUCAUGAUGCUUUCCAUUCAACAGCAGCAGCAGCAGCAGCAGCAGCAGCAGAGAAUUGUCGCCGCUGCAACCGCCGCCGCCGUCGCCGCUCUCCAGCAGCAGCACCACGCCCUGUCACCCUCGUCCUCCUCCUCCACCUCCUCCGCUUCCUCCUCCUCUGCUGUCCCGUCGUCGUCGUCCAUGGCUGGUGAUGCGGUGCUCGCGAGUGCAACUGCUGCGGCUGCUGCUGCGGCGGCGGUCGCGUCGGGUUCCGCUCAGCAUCAGCAUCAGCAAAAUCAGGCCACUUCUUCCUCCAAUGCUGCUCCAGCGACGGCGACGGCGACGGCGGCCAACCUCAACUUGUUCAACCUCAUGAACAUGGACGAGGACGACCCGCUCUUCACCGACUUUGUCCUCUCCAACUACUACGGCUUUGGCGACCUGGACGACCUCAGCGCGCUGACCGCUCACCAGCAGCAGCAGCAGCAGCAACAACCCCAACCCCAGCUCGGUCUCUUCAACGCUGCCAACGCAAACUCCAUCCAUCUCAACAGCCAGUUUGGAGUGCUCGGCGGGCUCGGCGCGCUGGCCGGUCUGCCCACCAGCGCAAAUCCCAUGCUCAAUGCUGCUGCUGGCCUGGACGUUGCCACGGUGCUCAAGCAGCAGCAGCACUUCCAGCAGCUCCAGCAGCUGCAACUCCAGCAGCAGCAGCUCCAGCACAUGCACCACCAGGUGUCCAGGGCCAGCUCUGUCUCGCUCGACGCCAUGUCCGCCUCGGUCGACGGCAGCAGCACGAGCGGCAUGCUGACCUCGCCCGGAUCGCCGCAGAGCCUCCAUAGCCACCUGUCCCCGGCGCCGUCGUCUGCGUCCGUCCACGACGACCACCACAUUGCUGCCAUCUAUAACAACGCUGCUGCGGCUGCUGCGGGCCCGUCGGCGUCGGCGUCGGCGUCGGCUGCCGUUGCUGCUGCUGCGUCGUUCGCCGCGUCUCCCGCGGGAUCAGCCGAGCAGGAGGCCUUUGUCAAUGCUGCCACUGCCGCCGCGCGUGCCUCGGCCAAUGGGCUCGAUCCCAACGCUGCUGCGGCGGCGGCCUACACGGCUACGAUGGCUGCGCACUCGUCCAACAACCAGCAGCAACAGCAACAGCAACAGCAGCAGCGCGCGGUUGCUUCUGCCCAACAAGCCAAGUCGCCCAACCCGAGCGAGGGUGUGUCCAGCCCGCCCUCGAUGACCGCGGCCGCGGCGUUUGGCGGAUUGGCCCACUCCAUUCCGGCCAUGACGGCGGCGGCUGCAACCUCGCCCAAAGCCGCAAGCCCGCUGUUCAGCUUUGGCGUCCUUCCCACCCCAACUGCCACUGGUGCUUCUGCCGCUACCGUUACUGGCUCUGCUGCUGCUGCUGCUGCUUCUUCUUCUUCGUCCAAGAUGGCCAUUUCGCGCCUCCCCGCCGCCGCUGCUCAGACGACCAAGGCUGUCCCGAAGGGCGCCGCCAGCGGCGCCACUACCACCCCUCUGAUGCCGAGCAAGACCGAGAAGAAAUCUGCCCACAACGUCAUUGAACGCCGCUACCGCAACUCGAUCAACGACCGCAUCCUCGAGCUGCGUGACGUUGUGCCCGUCUGCCGCGAGGCCGCCGCCAUGGUGGCUGCUGGUACCAACACUGUCAAGAUCAAGCUCAACAAGGCCACCAUCCUCCGCAAGGCCAUCGAGUACAUUGUCUUUUUGCAGGGCUCCCUCGAGCGCUCGCGCCACGAGAAGGCGACCAUGCAGCACGCCCUCGAAAUGCACGGCGUGGAUGCCACCCAGCUCCUCCAGACCAUUGAGGCCGAGCUCGGCGCCAUCAAGACGGAAAUGGCCUUCUCUGCCGCCGAUUUCGACGACAAUGAAGAGCUGGACGAAGAGUUUCGCGACCUGCCUUCCCUUAGCAACCUUCUGGAGAGCGAGGACUCGAAUGAAGACGUCUCGCCCUCCGACUCGCCCACCAUCACGGCCAUGACGGAGGCCGUCAAGCCCGCCAAGCGUGGUCGCAAGCCCAAGGCGGCUGCCGUGGCAGUCGGCGACGGCUCUACUCCCGACGGUCGCCGCAAGAAGGCGGCUCUUGUGAUUGCCCCUGCGUCCUCUGGCGGCCUUCUCGGCGGCUCGACCGUGGGCGCCAUGCGUGACGGCAGCCGCAUGAUGCUCUUUGUGCUGAUGCUUGUCACGCUCUUUGUCAGCCCGAUCGACACACUGGUGGACACGAACGCGCCUGCCGAGCAUUUGGCUGUGGCUGCGCGCACGCUCAGCUCGGUGGAAGUUGCCCAGCUGAGCAACACGAUUUGGAUGCAGGGUCUGCUGAUGACGGCAGCUUGGUGGUUUUUGCGCGCUGUUGUGGUUGUGGUCUGUCUCGCUCGCGUCUUUUUCGGCGAACCCGUCACCUCGUCCAAAAGCCUCGAGUAUCACCGCGCACAAGAGCUGCAGAAGGCUGCCCUCGCCAACCUGGCCAACGGCGAUCGCGCGUAUGCCGAAACCAAUUUGAUUGCUGCUCUGGAAAUCCUGGGUCGUCCGCAGCCCACCUCCACGCCCGAGUUGUACGUGGCGGUCGCGUGGCAGAUCAUCCGCCAAGUCUUGCACCGCCUCUGGAUUGGCCAGUGGAUUGACGAGUUUGUUGCGUCGCGCAACUCGAAUGCGCGCGUCUCGUUCAAGGCUGCUGCGGGUUGCUUCCACAUGUUGCAAAUGGUCCAGUUCAUGUCCUCCACCUCCAACUCUGGCCACAGCACUGGCGUCUCGUCCUCUACGACCGCCAGCGACUCGGACGAGCAAUCUUCGGGCAAUGUUUCUGCCAAGGCUCCCGUCUCCUUCCGCAGCUCGCUGCAUCGUCUCAAUGUCGUGCUGAACGCUGUCAACCUUGCCGAAGCCUCGCGUGGAUCGGUCUCUCCCUCCUUCCUGAUUGAGGUGUACUCCACCGCCGCCCUCCAGCUCAAGUACGCCUUCCCGCGUCGCUUCCACUUUGUGACGCGCCAGCUCCUGAUGCUUGCCAAGUCUGUCCGCGCUGAUGCUGGCGACCUCGAUCCCUCGCUCGGCUGGCUCUUCCACACUGACGGCUACGCCUUCAUUUCCCGUGGACUCUGGCGCGCCUCCUUUGCUCGCCAGGCUGCUCUCUCGCGCACCCUGUCCCCGCUUGGUCUGCUCGGAUCCAUGUACCGCACCGCGCUGCUUGAUCGUGCGUUUGCCGUGCUGGUCGAACAAGGCAAUGCCCUGCGCGCGCUCGACCUGAUGCAGGAAGCUCGCCAGUACGCUCUUGACGCUGCCGAUGUGUCUGCCGAGUGGUGGGCUUACAUUGGCCUCUCCUCCGCCCAUCUGCGUCUUGGUCACACGACCGAGGCCAUUCGCGCCUUCCAAACCGCGGAACACUUGCUUUCCAGUGGCACCAUGAACGAACCCGUGACCCAAGUUCAGCAGGCUCUCGACCAGGCGCUUCGUGGCAGCAUUGCCCUGCUGAUGGACGACGGUGUGACUGCCAUUCGCUGCACCGAAAUGGCGUCGGCGCUUCUUCGUGACGACCCGGCUUUGGUUGUCAUCCGCCAUCGUGCUGCCGCUGCGUCCGCAUUCCAGCAGCAGCAGCAGCAGGACAGCGAUGGCUCUUCUGCCCAGGGCAUCUCUGACACUGACAGCGGCAGCGAAGACGAUACUGUCAGCGACCUCGGUCAGCGCCGCCGAUCGAACGGCCUGGCUCUGUCGACGGGCUCUGCUCCGCUCCAGCAAUUGGCUGCCUCCUCGUCCAUCCUGCCUCACUCGCUCACCGGCCAGAUUCUGGCGUGCGUUCAUUUGAUGGACAACCGCUUUGCGCUUUGGCAGUGGCUCCGCGCCAGCCACCUCCAUCCCGCCCGCGUCCAAGAAUUGCCACUCACCACGACUGCCCAGCGUCUAUCCGCAGGCGUCAAUGGAGACGUGGACGUCUUGCGCUGUCUGUCUCACGCGUACCCGGCCGCGCACAGCCUUGCCUUCCUCUACCAAGCCAUGGCCCGCACUCUUGCUGGUGGCUCGUCCCAGCGAACCCGCGCCAUGUUUGUCCGUGCUUUGGCAGAGGCGCGCUCGGCCACCUCUCCGUUUGCUGAAGCGUGCGUCUUGCUCAAGAUGGGACAACUUCUUGUGGAUACAGAGUCUCAGACGAACGAUGCUGCUGCUGCUGGCGGUGCCGCUGAUCGAUCGGAUGUGCCGACAGUGGACGAGCGCCGCCAUUGGCUCUCUGCCGCCAGCCACAUCUUUGAAUCGUUGCAUGCUACCCAAGAGCUGGAUCUGUGCCGCUCAUUGCUCAAAGCCCUGCUUGAUAGCGACAAGUGAUGUUUUGAGUGGGUUGUACUGGCGAUGCAUGUUACAAUCGCCCUUUGUUCCUUUUGUUGAAUACACGUUUGUUG